GCAACAUUUCGCUUAGCGACCAACUGCAACUCAUCGGCGGUUGGUUUGGCUCUCAACGCACACACAACGCACAAACGUCGUCGAGCACUGGCUGCUGGGAGCGACAGCCACAGCACGGCCACAGCACAGCCACAGCGCAGCCGCAGCCGCCAUCAAGCAACGAGAUAGGUUGUGGCGGGAAGGAAGCAAGCAAGCAAGUGAAGGAGUGCGCCAGGCCUUCCCCUUUCCUCACAAUUAUCCGCUCUUGAGGCGGGGGUUCAACCUGCGUUGUUACCUUACCACCACAUUGACAUUGCGGCAUCAACCACCAACAAAACAACACACUCACCUGGAACAACAAUGAGCGAGAACACAACAGCAACAGCACAGGAGCCCUCGGCCCAAGCUGAAGCGAACGCCUCCGCAACACCACCGCCAGACACGACAGACAACCAACAAGCACAGCAGGAGCAAGCACAACAGGAGCCGCAGUCCCAGGAAAGCAAAGACAAGGCGCCUGCCGCACGUGCUGACGGAGGCACCGCAAAUGCCAUGUCCAAGAGCAGCAGUAUCAAGGCCUCCAAACGGGCAUCGGCUGUACAAAGCAAGGCCGGUACCAGAAAGGCCUCUGCCAUCAACACACGUGCGUCUUCUGCGGUCGGUGACAGAGGAGGAAAUGAGGACGAGGAAUAUGAGGAGUAUGAAGACGAUGAAGAGGAACUUGCUGACGAGGAGGAAUCGGACGGUGAGGAGAUUGAGGUCCUGGUCGAUCCCCAGCCAGACCCUGAUCCCAUCCCUGCUCCACCGCCAAAGCCAGCAAACCUUCGUGACUUUAUGGUGAACGAAAUCAAGUCGCGGGUACACCUCGAGGGCACGACGGAGAGUGAGUGGAACAACGACAUGUCGUUCCAGGCCAUCUUCAACUUCUUCACACGGCGCUCCUCCGUCCUGCUGACCGUGUACCAGUCCGAGGGCAUGCUGGUUGUCAGCCACUCGCCACCCGCAUAUCCGGUUGGCCGCCUCAUCUACUUUGUUCGCGCCAAGCCCGAGCUCAUCUACCCAGACUCGCAGUUUGACGACAUUGUGCACACGGGCGUGCUGCAGCAGGACUACCUGGACAGCCUCGUGCGCCUGAUGAACGACCUCUUCUCCCCGCUCAUGUCACACGCCGCCAAGCAGUGGCCCGACAGCGUACGCAACGAGUUUGCCGCAGGCAUGAACCGCUUCAUGUCCUCGCUCACAGACGUGGCCAGCAAGUCUGACCACAACACCGUCCUGUAUGUGCCCAACGAGGACCUCUCGCGCCCAAUGGAGGUGAUGCUUGCCGACCGUGACUUGGUGCAACGCCUGGAGACAACCGUCAUCCGCUGGACGCGCCAGGUGAAGGAUGUGCUCAACACCACGCACGCGGAGCAGGGCGCAGAUAUUGAGCUGCCCACGGAUGAGAUUGACUUUUGGCAGCGGCGCUUCCAGGACAUGUCUGGCAUAAGUGAGCAGCUGGACAAGGAGGGCGUUGCCACCAUUCUCAAGAUAUUGGAGGCAGCCGGCUCCUCGUACCUCAACCAGUUUCAGAGCUGGUCCCAACGCAUCAAGGACGGCAUGGAAGUGUCCAAAGCCAACUUCAAGUUUCUCGGGGUGCUGCGUGACCCGUGCACGCGGCUGUACACGUCUAACCUCAACGCCAUUGCGGAGAAACUGCCCACCAUCAUUGACCUGAUCCGCCUGAUUGAGCUUCACUCGCAGCACUACACCUCGCGUGAGCAGAUCACGUCCCUGUUUCAGAAAGUCUCCAACGCCAUCAUCAUGCGCUGCCGCGAGUGCAUCUCCCUGGACGAGAUCUUCGAGGGUGAUGUGGACGACAGCGUGCGCAUUGUCACGGACGCCAUCAGCUGCUGCGAGGCGUGGAAGAGCAUCUACGAGAAGCGCAAGGCCGCCCACCUCCCGCACUCGAGCAAGCCAUGGGUGGUGAGCCACUCCAGCGUGUUUGCCCAAAUUGACGCCUUUAUCCAGCGGUGCAAGGACCUGCUCAUCGUCUGCUCGGGCCAGAAGCAUUUUGCGCGCAAGAAGGGCGUGGACAAGGUGCCGCUGCCCCACUUUGCCGGCACGCGCGGCCUCGAGGUUGCCCGCGCACUCUCCGGGGUGGAGGCGCGCUUUGAGGAGAGCCUCACGCUGCUGCGUAAGCACGAGGCACACAUCCUGGACGUCAAGUCCUCCAAGUACCAGGGGUACUUCAACACCUUCAAGGAGUCUGUCAAGGAGCUCGAGGUGAUGGUGCAGAACGCGGUGACCACGGCCUUCCAGCACGUCACCACCGUGGAGAACGGGGUGGAGCUCAUCGAAACCUUUGGGCCCCUGGGCCAGCGCGACAUUGUCAAGCGCGCGCUGGACAAGUGCACGGCCCACGUGUUCAAGAUGUUUGCAGACCAGCUAGAGGACGUCAAGGCGUACUUCAACAACUACCGCCAGGCGCCGCCGCUGGAGCCCGGCAUGCCCCCGUACGCCGGCGCCAGCAUGUGGGCCACGGGCCUCCUCAACCAGAUCACGCAUGUGCACGGCGCGCUGGCCAACGCCAAGUACGUGCAGCCGGGCGCGUUUGGGGACGAGGUGCUGCACCAGUACACGCUCCUCGCGGGCGCAUUGCGCGACUUUGUCAGCAAGGCGCACUCCACAUGGGUGGGCGAGAUAAAGACGGACCUGGCUGCCCUGCUCAACAACCCGCUGCUGAAGCGCGACGGCACGCGCACGCUGCUGCUGCUCAACUUUGACAAGGACCUGCUGGUCCUGUUUGCGGAGGUGAAGCACUGGCUCAAACUGGGCCUGGACAUCCCCAGCACCGCCAUGGAGAUGUUCCACAAGAACGAAGAGCUGCGCGCGCUGCGCUGCUUCAUCAUGCUGGUGGUGCGCGACUACAACCAGAUCAUCGAGAAGCUCUCCGUGGAGGAGCAGGCCCUCUUCCGUGAGCGCAUCCGCUUCCUCGACAGCAAGGUGCAGCACGGGCUCACCAAGCUCACCUGGGCCUCCAAGGGCAUCAAGGACUACUACGUCGCCGACUGCCGCAUGCACGCCAAGCAGCUCAAGGAGCACGUGGACAAGUACAUGCUCACCAACCAGCGCAUCGCCCGCCUGUGCGCCUACGCGGAGAAGCAGACCAUGGUCAGCAUCAGCCUCAAGCGCGUGUACACGGUGACGGAGUUCCACGAGGCGCAGCAGGAGCAGAUUGCCGCCGUGCGCAAGCGCUUCCUCGACGUGCACCGCGAGAUUGUGCGCAACCUGCAGAAGACGUACGAGGUGUUCAAGAAGGACGGCCACGACGUGCAGCAGCACUGGCGGCGCUACGUGCAGAAGGUGGACCGCAUGCUCGAGGAGUCGCUGCGCACAAAUGUCAAGCGAUCCCUCAACGAGUUUGUGCGCGCCAUUGUCGGCGAUGGCAAGAGCAUCCCCAGCCCCGUGUUCAGGGUCAACGUGGCGCUGGAGGACCGCAACAUCGUGCUGCAGCCCACGUACGGCCACCUCUGCGACGUCGCCCUCAGCCUGCACAAGGAGAUGGUCGACGCGCUGCUUGGCCUGGACAGGCUCACCACCAUCCUGUGCAAGGGCAUCCCCGCCAACGCACAGCUGCACUCGCGCACAACGCGCACGCAGGCCUCUCUCGCUGCGACAUCCUCCCACGGCAGCGGCGCCGGCAACCGCAGCAACAACGCCCUGCGCAAAGGCGCGGCCAAGACGGGCACGACGUCGUCGCUGGCCGCCGCGUCCACGGCAACCGUGUCCACAACCGCAGCCGCAGCGCGCGACGGGCUGAGCUUCUUCGAGUGCUCGCGUGACGACGCAGACGUGCUGAAGAUGCGCCGCUACCUGGAGCAAGGGCUCAAGGACAACGAGCCCAACCUGCGCGACUACGUGGGCGUGUGGCACGAGUCGUACCACGAGAUUUGGCAGACGGACAUUGAGCGCUUCCUGCAGCGGUACGCGCAGAUGAACCCGCCGCUGGCCCAGUUUGAUGGCGACAUUGCCCGCUAUGCAGAGGUGGCCAACAACGUGCAGAAGGAGGAGACGUUCACGCCGAUCAACUUUGUGCAGCUGGACUGCACCAUGCUCAAGUACAGCCUGCUUGAGCUGUGCAACCAGUGGCAGGAGCAGCUCACGGAGCUGCUUCACCGCCGGGCCAAGGGCGACCUGGCGCGCGUGCGCGAGUACCUGCAGACGCAGUCGGAGCUGCUGUCGCGCGUGCCGGAGGGCCUGAGCGAGGUCAUCUCGGCCGUGGAGAACCUCAACGCAGCCAAGGCGCAGGCGCCGCGCGUGGAGGCCAAGUUUGGCCCGCUGCAGGAGGAGUUUGAGAUUCUGGAGAAGUACGAGGUGGAGCUGAGCGACGAGGUGAGCGCGCAGCUGGACAGCCUGCCUGCGCAGUGGAACAAGUUCAAGCUCGCCCUGGACCAGGCCGACGACAUCCUGGCCGACGCCAAGGCCAAGUGCAAGACGGACCUGCUGGCGGACAUGGACGACCUCUCGCGCAGCGUGACGGAGGUGCGGGCGACGUUUGUGACCACGGGGCCCUUUGCGGCAACCAUCACCCCGGACGAGGCGCUGCAGGCGAUUGAGGAGUUUAGGCACAAGCUGGAGAACAUCCGCUCGUCCGAGGAGUCGCUCAAGGCCGGCCUGAAGGUGUUUGGCAUCAGCCACGAGCCGUUCAAGGAGGUGGCGGACACGCACCGCGACCUGGACCAGCUCACGCAGCUGUGGACCCUGGCCAAGGAAUGGGACGACCGCUACAACGAGUGGAAGCAGACGCAGUUUGCGGACGUGGACACGGACGCCAUGGAGCAGCAGGCCGUGCAGUACAACAAGAAGUUUGUGAAACUCGCGCGCGAGGUGAAGGACAAGGACUGGGACAUGGUGCAGACGUACCGGCGGCGCGUGGAGCAGUUCAAGCGAACCAUGCCGCUGAUCCAGGACCUGAAGAACCCGGCGCUGCGGCAGCGCCACUGGCACGAGCUGCAGGAGCACGUGGGCAGCACCUUUGAUCACACGUCGGCGGAGUUCACGCUGGGCACCAUGAUUGACCUGGGCUUUGACCGCUUUGUGGAGGAGGUCAACGCCAUCUCCGGCGCCGCCAGCAAGGAGCUGUCAAUUGAGCAGGGCAUUGACGAGAUUGCAGAGGUGUGGGGUUCCACGUCGCUGGAAAUUGGGGCGUACAAGGACCGCGGGCACUACACGCUCAAGGGCACCGACGAGAUCUACCAGCUGCUGGAGGACCACCAGGUGACGCUGUCCACAAUGAAGGCGUCGCGCUUUGUCAAGGCGUUUGAGAGCGACGUGGACUUUUGGGAGCGCACGCUGUCCAUGGUGCUGGAGGUGAUUGAGGUUCUGCUGACGGUGCAGCGGCAGUGGAUGUACCUGGAGAACAUCUUCACGGGCGAGGACAUUCGCCGCCAGCUGCCCAUUGAGACUAACAAGUUUGACGCCAUCGACGACCAGUUUCUGAAGAUUGGCCAGCGCUUGCACGAGGACCCCAACGCGCAGCGCGGCACGCACGCCAAGGGCCUCCUGCAGCAGCUCAACGACAUGAACUUGGUGCUGGAGCAGAUCCAAAAGUCGCUGGACGAGUACCUGGAGACGAAGCGGCAGUACUUCCCGCGCUUCUACUUUGUGUCCAACGACGACCUGCUGGAGAUUCUCGGGCAGUCCAAGAACCCCAAGGCCGUGCAGCCGCACCUGCUCAAGUGCUUUGACAGCAUCAAGGCGCUCGAGCUCAACACGCCCCCCGGCCGCAAGGUCACGCAGGCGCUGGGCAUGCACUCCCCCGACGGCGAGUAUGUGCCGUUCAAGGUUCCCGUGGCGCUCGAUGGCCCCGUCGAGUCGUGGCUGCUGAAGGUGGAAGGCGAGAUGCGGCACAGCCUCAAGGCCCUGCUGCAGGACUCCAUCGUGGCCCACAAGAAGCAGAAGCGCGACAAGUGGCUGCGCGAGUGGGCGGGCCAGCUUGUGCUCACCGUGAGCCAGCUGGCGUGGACCAGCCAGUGUGUGGCAGCCAUGUCGGACGCCAAGGGCGGCCCGAAGAAGGGCCUGAAGGUGCUCAAGAAGAAGUGGGUGUCGCUGCUGAACAAGCUCACGGAGGCUGUGCGCAGCGUGAAGAACAAGACGCAGCGCAAGAAGCUGGUGGCGCUGAUCACCAUCGAGGUGCACUCGCGUGAUGUGAUUGACAGGCUGACCAAAGUACCCAACAUCAACCACAACGCCUUUGAGUGGCUCAUGCAGCUGCGCUUUUACUGGGAGCACGGCUCGGAUGCAGCCACUGUAGGCGAGUGCGUGAUUCGGCAGACAAAUACGCGCUUCACCUAUGGCUACGAGUAUCUGGGCAACUCUGGGCGUCUUGUCAUCACGCCGCUGACAGACCGCUGCUACAUGACGCUGACAACGGCGCUGCAUCUCAAGCGCGGUGGCAGCCCCAAGGGGCCAGCAGGUACCGGCAAGACAGAGACGUGCAAAGAUCUUGGCAAAGCCCUCGGUGACUACGUCAUCAUCGUCAACGUAAGCUCUGAUGGCAUGGACUACAAGAGCCUUGGCGGGAUGUUCUCGGGUCUGGCGCAGACAGGCGCGUGGGGCUGCUUUGACGAGUUCAACCGCAUCAACAUCGAAGUGCUGUCUGUAGUGGCACAGCAGAUUCUGUCCAUCCUGCAGGCGCAGAUCCCGCUGUCACCGGACAACCCGCAGCGCCGCUUCAUCUUUGAAGGCACGGAGAUCAACCUGCGGUGGUCCUGCGGCGUCUUCAUCACCAUGAACCCCGGCUACGCCGGGCGCACGGAGCUGCCAGACAACCUCAAGUCCAUGUUCCGGCCCAUCUCCAUGAUGAAGCCGGACACGGGCCUGAUUGCAGAAAUUAUCCUCUUUGGGCAGGGCUUUAGCAACACGCGCGUGCUGGCCAAGAAGGCAGACACGCUGUACAAGCUGGCGGUGCAGCAGCUGAGCAAGCAGGACCACUAUGACUUUGGGCUGCGCGCGCUCGUGUCGACGCUGCUGUACGCCGGUCGCAAGCGCCAGGCCAUGCCGGACAUUGCCCACGAGGAGGUCCUGCUCAUGGCAAUGAAGGACAUGAACGUGGCCAAGAUGACCAACACGGAUCUGCCGCUGCUGCAGGGCAUGAUGGCCGAUCUGUUCCCCGGCGUGGAGACGCACGAGGAGGACUACGGCAAGUUCAAGGAGGCCAUUGUGCAGGACCUCAAGGCAAACGGGUACCAGACAACAGACUGGAUGGUGACCAAGGUCAUCCAGCUGUACGAGACGAAGAACUCGCGCCACGCCGUCAUGAUCGUUGGCCACACGGGCAGCGGCAAGAGCGUGGCCUGGCGCACGCUGCAGCGCGCCAUGUCGCAGUGUAAGAAGGACAACGUGCCCGGGUUUGAGGUGGUGCGCGACUACCCGCUCAACCCAAAGGCGCUGUCCCUGGCAGAGCUCUAUGGCGAGUUCAACAUCGCCACCAACGAGUGGGCGGACGGCGUGCUGUCUUCGGUCAUGCGCACAACGUGCUCGGACGACCGCUCGGACCAGAAGUGGAUUGUCUUCGACGGCCCCGUCGACACGUUGUGGAUUGAGAGCAUGAACUCAGUCAUGGACGACAACAAGAUCCUCACGCUCAUCAACGGCGAGCGCAUCUCCAUGCCGUCGCAGGUUUCCUUGCUGUUUGAGGUGGAGGACCUUGCCGUGGCCUCCCCAGCUACCGUGUCCCGCUGCGGCAUGGUGUACCACGACACGCGUGACCUUGGCUGGCAGCCGUUUGUUGCGUCGUGGCUGGACGCCUUCCCCGACAAGGGGCUCGUCCCCGUCCUGCGUGACCUCUUUGACAAGUUUGUGGACAAGAUGCUCACGUUUGUGGACGCGCAGUGCGUGGAGCUCGUGCCAACAUCGCAGCUGAACCGCGUCAAGUCUCUGUGCUGCCUGCUCUCCGCGCUGCUCACCCCGGGCAACGGGGUACAGCCAACCGACGCCGGCGCAGGCGGCGUCGGCACCAAGGCCAUGGAGCAGUCGCAGGAGCGCGAGCGCAUUGUCGGGCAGUGGUUCCUCUUCAGCCUGGUGUGGUCCGUGUGUGCGGGCGUGAACGAGCAAGGGCGCAAGCUGGUGGACAACUACCUGCGCGAGCUGGAGGGCCAGUUCCCGAGCAGGGACACGGUGUACGAGUACUUUGUUGACGUGAAGAACGGCUCGUGGGCGCACUGGGACACGGAGCUGCGGUCCAACUGGCGCUACAGCCCCGACACGCCCUUCCACCGCAUCCACGUGCCGACGGUGGACACGGUGCGGUACCAGUACCUGGUGCGCACGCUCAUCGACGCGAAGCAGCCGACGCUGAUGGUGGGCCCCGUGGGCACGGGCAAGACCUCGGUUGUGGAGAUGGUUAUGCGCAAGCUGGACCCGGCCACGUUCAACCUCCUCACCAUCAACAUGUCCUCCAAGACGUCGAGCAAUAACGUGCAGGAGAUUAUCGAGGGGCAGGUGGAGAAGCGCACCAAGGGCGUGUUUGUGCCGCUCGGCGGCAAGCAGCUGCUCACCUUCCUGGAUGACCUCAACAUGCCGGCCAAGGACACGUUUGGGUCGCAGCCGCCGCUGGAGCUGCUCCGGCAGUGGAUGGAGUACGGCUUUGUGUACGACCGGGAGAAGCAGGUCAUCAAGCACAUCCGCGACAUGCGCAUUGUGGCGGCCAUGGGUCCUCCUGGUGGCGGCCGCUCCAUCAUCUCGCGGCGCCUGCAGGCGCGGUUCAACCUGCUCAACAUGACCUUCCCCACAGACUCGCAGAUCAAGCGCAUCUUCGGUACCAUGAUCAACCUCAAGCUGCAGGACUUUGAUGAGGGGUGCAAGCCCGUGGGCAACAUGGUCACGGAGGCCACCAUCCACGUGUACAACUACAUGUCCACGCGCAUGCUGCCCACGCCCACGAAGAUCCACUACCUCUUCAACCUGCGCGACAUCUCCAAGGUCUUCCAGGGCAUGCUGCGCGCGCACAAGGACUUCCACGACACCAAGGACGCCAUCACGCGCCUGUGGGUGCACGAGUGCUUCCGCGUCUUCUGCGACCGCCUUGUCACGGAGCGCGACCAGGUGGAGUUCACCAAGCUGGUGGAGGAGAAGCUGCACGAGGUGUUUGACGUGUCGCUGUCCACGCUGUGCCCUGGGCGCGAGGUGCCCGUGUUUGCGGACUUCAUGCGCGAGGGCCAGGACCCCGUGUACGAGGACGUGCGCGAGCACGACAAACUGAAGACGGUGCUGGAGGAGAAGCUGGAGGACUACAACGCCUCCGGGCACGUGCCCAUGGACCUGGUGCUGUUCCGCGACGCGGUGCAGCACGUGGCGCGCAUUGUGCGCGUCAUUCGCAUGCAGCGCGGCAACAUGAUGCUGAUUGGCGUUGGCGGCAGCGGGCGGCAGUCGCUCACCCGGCUGGCGGCGUUUGUGCUGGAGCACAAGACGUUCCAGAUUGAGGUGACGCGCCAGUACCGCAUGACAGAGUUCAGGGAGGACCUCAAGGCGCUGUACCGCCAGGCCGGCGUGGAGAACAAGCCCACCACGUUCUUGUUUGUGGACACGCAGAUUGUGCUGGAGGACUUUUUGGAGGACAUCAACAACAUCCUCAGCUCGGGCGAGGUGCCAAACCUGUUCCCGGCGGAGGAGAUGGAGGAGGUGUUCUCCGAUCUUCGGCCAGAGGCGAAGAAGGCCGCUGUCGAGGACACGCCCUCGUCCCUCACCAAGUUCUUCAUCGAGCGCGUACGCAACAACCUGCACGUUGUGCUGUGCAUGAGCCCCGUCGGCGAGGCCUUCCGCAACCGGCUGCGCAUGUACCCUGGCCUGGUCAACUGCACGACCAUCGACUACUUCUCCGCGUGGCCGCAGGACGCGCUGCUUGCCGUCGCGGACCGGUUCAUGUCGGACGUGGACCUGACCAAGGGCAUGUCUGCGGCCGUGCUGGGUGGCAAUGCCGGCGGCGGCGACGGCGACGAUGCGGCCGACAGCGUUGGUGGCGGGCUGCCGGGCCACGGCUCCGAUGCCGGCGACGCAAAGGACGACGACGCCAGCCUGAAAAAGGGCAGCCACUGGGCGGAGCGGCUGCGGUCGGCGGUGCUGUCGACGUUUGCCGUGAUCCAGCAGUCCGUGCUCACGGCGUCGCAGCAGAUGCUGGACGAGGUCAAGCGGCACAACUACGUGACCCCGACCAACUACCUGGAGCUCGUGACGGGCUACAGGCUUCUGCUGGCUGAGAAGCGCAAGGAGCUUGGCGACGCCGCGGACAAGCUGAUCAACGGCCUGGACAAGAUUGACGAGACGCGGGAGAAGGUGGAGGUGAUGAGCGUGGAGCUGGAGGAGACGAAGAAGCAGGUGGCGCAGUUCCAGCGCGAGUGCGAUGACUACCUGGUCAUCAUCGUGCAGCAGAAGCGCGACGCGGACGACCAACAGAAGGCCGUGAGCGCGCGCUCGGAGAAGAUUGGCAUUGAGGCGCAGGAGUGCGAGAAGCUUGCGGCGGACGCCGAGGCAGACCUGAAGGAGGCCCUGCCGGCGCUGCAGGCGGCCAUGGACGCGCUCAAGUCGCUGAACAAGAACGACAUCAGCGAGAUCAAGGCGUACACCAAGCCGCCAGACCUGGUUGCCAUGGUCAUGGAGGCGGUGAUGGUGCUGCGCAAGUCCAAGCCGGAGUGGUCGGAGGCGAAGCGGCAACUGGCCGACCCCAACUUCAUCAAGCAGCUGGUGGAGUUUGACAAGGACAACAUGUCGGACAAGGUGUUGCGGAAGAUCCACAGCUACGUGACGCGCCCGGAGUUUGACCCGGACCAGGUUGGGCGCGUGUCCAACGCGGCAAAGUCGCUGUGCAUGUGGGUGCGGGCCAUGGACGUGUACGGGCGCAUCUUCAAGGUGGUGGAGCCCAAGCGGCUCGCGCUGAAGAAGACACAGGACGCGCUUGCCGCCAAGCAAAAGUCGCUUGCCGAUGCGCAGCGCAAACUGAAGGAGGUCACGGAGAAGGUGGAGGAGCUUCAGCGCAACUACGAGGCCAAGCUCAAGCAGCAGCAGGAGCUGGCGGAGAAGAGCCGCGUGACGGCGCUCAAGCUGGACCGCGCGGCCAAGCUGGUGACGGGCUUGGCCGGCGAGCGCUCGCGCUGGGAGCAGAGCGUGGCGGAGCUGCGCGUGAGCAUGGGCUACCUCGUUGGCGACUGCCUGCUCGCCGCGGGCUUCCUGUCGUACCUGGGACCGUUCACCUCCACGUACCGAGACAGCGUGGUGCAGCGGUGGCUGCGCCACGUGCGCAGCUGCGAGAUCCCGUGCGACCCCAACUUUGACAUGGCGCGGUUCCUGGCCAAGCCCACGGACGUGCGCUUCUGGAACAUCCAGGGCCUGCCCUCGGACCGCUUUUCCACGGAGAACGGCGUGAUUGUGACGCGCGGGCGGCGCUGGCCGCUGAUGAUUGACCCGCAGGGCCAGGCCAUCAAGUGGAUCAAGAACAUGGAGCGCGAGCACGGGCUGAAGGUGGUGGACUUGCAGAUGCCGGACUACAUCCGCACGCUUGAGAACGCCAUCCAGUUUGGCACGCCCGUGCUGAUGCAGAACGUCGGGGAGGAGCUGGAUCCCUCACUUGGGCCAAUCCUGAACAAGGCGUUCACCAAGGUGGGCGGGCGCCUCAUGCUGCGGCUCGGUGACAAGGAGAUUGAGUACAAUCCGGACUUCCGCUUCUACAUCACGACCAAGAUGGCCAACCCGCACUACACGCCGGAGACGUCCACAAAGACGACCAUUGUCAACUUUGCCGUGGUUGAGGAGGGUUUGGAGGCGCAGCUGCUGGGCAUCGUGGUGAGCAAGGAGCGGCCGGAGCUUGAGGAGCAGAAGAACGAGCUGGUGACGAAGAUUGCGUCUGGCAAGAAGAAGCUGGUGGAGCUGGAGGACCGCAUCCUGCACCUGCUGAGCACGGCCAAGGGCUCGCUGCUUGACGACGAGGAGCUCGUCAACACGCUCAACUCGUCCAAGGUGACCUCUGUGGAGGUGGGCGAGCAGCUGGUGGUGGCGGAGCGCACGGAGGCGGAGAUUGACGAGGCGCGCGAGGGCUACCGCGCCUGCGCGGAGCGGGCGUCCAUCCUGUUCUUUGUGAUGAACGACAUUGCGUCCAUCGACCCCAUGUACCAGUUCUCGCUCGCGGCAUACAUCAACCUGUUUGUGAAGAGCAUUGACAGCAGCUCCAAGGCGGCCGGCUUGGAGCAGCGCAUCGAGAGCAUCAACGACUACCACACGUACGCCGUGUACCGGUACACGUGCCGCGGGCUGUUUGAGAAGCACAAGCUGCUCUUUGCCUUCCACAUGAACUCGAAGAUUCUGGAGCGCGCCAACAAGAUCCAGAUGAACGAGUACAACUUCUUCCUGCGCGGCGGGCAGGUGCUGGACCGCGAUGCGCAGAUGCCAAACCCGGCGCCGUCGUGGAUCAGCUCCGAGGCGUGGGACAACAUCACGGAGAUGGAGCGCCUGCUGCCCAAGUUCACGGGGCUGGCCGCCUCCUUUGAGCAGAUGCUUCGGGACUGGCACACGUGGUACGUGUCACCCGAACCGGAGGCCGCCACCCUGCCUGGCGAGUGGGAGAACGCGUGCAACGAGCUGCAGCGCAUGGCAAUUGUGCGCUCGCUGCGGCCGGACCGCGUGUCUGUGGUGGCGACCAACUUUAUUGUGAACAACCUCGGGCAGCGGUUUGUGGAGCCGCCGCCGCUGGACAUGCGUGCGGUGCUGUCGGACUCGCGGCCACAGACGCCGCUCAUCUUCGUGCUCUCCGUGGGCGUGGAUCCGACGAAGCAGCUGAUGGACCUGGCGGACCGGUGCAACAUGACGGAGCGCUUCCACACGCUGUCGCUCGGGCAGGGGCAGGCGCCCAUCGCUGAGCGGCUGCUGCGGGAGGGCACGAAGCACGGGCACUGGGUGUUCCUGGCCAACUGCCAUCUCUCGCUGAGCUGGAUGCCGUCGCUGAGCAAGAUUGUGGAGAUGCUGGAGGUGAACAAGCCGCACCCGGACUUCCGGCUGUGGCUCAGCUCCAAGCCCAACCCGCAGUUCCCCAUCUCCAUCCUGCAGGCCGGCAUCAAGAUGACGACGGAGCCGCCCAAGGGCAUCAAGGCCAACAUGAAGCGCCUGUACACGACGCUGACGGAGGACCAGUUUGAGCGCGUGGGUGCGGUGACCAAGUACAAGAAGCUCAUGUUCUGCCUGACCUUUUUCCACAGCGUGCUGCUGGAGCGGCGCAAGUUCCAGAUGCUUGGAUGGAACGUGCAGUACCCCUUCAACGACUCCGACUACGAGGUGUCUGAGAACCUGCUCGGCCUGUUCCUGGACGAGUACCAGGAGACGCCGUGGGAUGCGCUCAAGUACCUGAUUGCCGGCAUCAACUACGGCGGGCACGUGACGGACGACUGGGAUCGCCGGCUGCUACUCACCUACAUCAACGAGCUCUUCUGCGAGGACGCGCUGAACGUGGAGCACUUCCGCGUGUCGUCGUCCGACCUGUUCUAUGUGCCCACCGACGGCAGCCUGCAGUCGUACAAGGACUACGUUGCGUCACUGCCCAACUCGGACCCGCCGUCCGCCUUUGGGCAGAACGCCAACGCGGACAUUUCCAGCAUGAUUCGGGAGGCGCGCACGCUGUUGGACACGCUGGUGGCGCUGCAGCCCGCGGUGACGACGGAGAAGGGCGGCAGCCGGGAGGACGUGGUGCUUGAGCUGGCGCAGGACAUGCUUGAGCGGCUGCCGGAGAAGAUUGACUACGACGCGACCGCCAAGCUGCUGGCUGUGGAGCCCAACCCGCUCAACGUGGUGCUGCUGCAGGAGAUUGCGCGGUACAACGCGCUGCUGUCGCUGAUGGAGCGGCACCUGAUUGCGCUGCGCAAGGGCAUCCAGGGCCUGGUGGUGAUGAGCUCCGAUCUGGAGGAGAUUCUCACGUUCAUCUUCAACGGGCAGGUGCCGCCGGUGUGGAAGAAGACGUAUCCGUCGCAGAAGCCGCUGGCCGGGUGGAUGCGCGACCUCAUCCAGCGCGUGGACUUUUUCCGGCAGUGGGCGGUCACGGGGCGACAGCCGCUCAUCUACUGGAUGUCUGCGUUCACGUUCCCCACGGGCUUCCUGACGGCUGUGCUGCAGAACGCCGCGCGCAACAACGCCGUGUCCGUUGACACGCUCUCGUGGGAGUUCCCUGUGAUGACGCUGGAUGAUGUGAACAUUGUGGAGCAGCCCAAGGAUGGCGUGUACAUCAAGGGCCUGUUCCUGGAAGGUGCAGGGUGGGACAAGAAGCGCGCGUGCCUGGAGGAGGCUGCGCCGAUGCAGCUGGUGUGCUCCAUGCCCACCAUCCACUUCAAGCCUGUGGAGAAGAAGGCCACAAAGAAGAACGUGUAUGCGUGUCCUUGCUACUACUACCCGAACCGUGCCGGUGAGGGCGGCGCCUCUGCAUGGUCGUUUGUGAUUGCUGUGGACCUCAAAUCCGGCGACAGGUCGGCUGAGCACUGGAUCAAGCGCGGCACCGCUCUUCUCAUGAGCCUCGAAAACUAG